CGUCGCUCGUUGCUGCACCUGACGCUUCCUGAAGUCGGGCUCAAUGUGUCGGUCCUGCCAUGUUCCUGCUGUAGAAUUAAAUGUCGGAAGGGGGAGAGGCCGGGGCGAGGGGAGCCCAGUGACAGAAUCCAUCCUGUAGACGUUCACGGUGGAUCGUAAUGUCCGGUGUGUUAUGAAAUACGUUUGGAAUUAAAUACAGAGGCAGCAAUAUGGGUCAGCUCGGAUUGCCAGCGGCCAUCAACAGCUGAGGCUGAGCUAAUCUCCCAGCAUCCUGUGGUGGGGGAGUAUGUAUAAGAGAAAUGGCCUCAUGGCCAGUGUGACGGUCACCUCCGCCACUCCUGAGGGGAGUAGCAGCUCGGACUCGUUGGACGGGCAUAGUUCUGACUACGCCAAUAAGAGCUAUGAUGCUGUGGUGUUCGACGUAUUGAAAGUGACUCCUGAGGAGUUUGCAAGCCAGAUCACCUUGAUGGAUGCACCAGUAUUUAAAGAAAUUCUGCCAGAAGAGCUGGCCAGCUGCGGCUGGAACAAGAAGGAAAAACACAGCCUAGCUCCAAACGUUGUCGCCUUCACAAGACGGUUUAACCAGGUCAGUUUCUGGGUUGUCCGAGAAAUCCUAACAACACAGACUCUAAAAAUCAGAGCUGAAAUACUGAGCCAUUUUAUCAAGAUAGCCAAGAAACUUCUGGACCUGAACAACCUUCACUCUCUGAUGUCCGUAGUGUCAGCGUUGCAGAGCGCGCCCAUCUUCAGACUGACAAAGACCUGGGCUCUGCUGAAUCGGAAGGACAAGACCACUUUUGAGAAGCUGGACUACCUGCUCACUAAAGAGGAUAACUACAAGCGCACAAGAGAGUACAUCCGAAGCUUAAAGAUGGUCCCGUCCAUCCCAUAUUUAGGAAUUUACCUCCUGGAUAUCAUCUACAUAGAUUCGGCAUACCCGGCAUCAGGCAGCAUCAUGGAGAACGAGCAGCGGUCUAAUCAGAUGAACAACCUCCUGAGGGUCAUCGCUGAUUUGCAAGUCUACUGUAAUUAUGAUCACCUUGCAACAUUACCACAUGUGCAGAAGUAUUUGAAGUCUGUCCGGUACAUUGAAGAACUGCAAAAGUUUGUAGAAGAUGACAAUUAUAAGCUUUCAUUAAGGCUUGAGCCAGGAAACAGUUCUCCUCGUCUGGUCUCCUCGAAGGAAGAUCUUGCAGGUCCCUCCGAGAUGACCGCUACAAUGAGGUACAGCAGACGACCCACGUGCCCGGAUGCGUCAGUGGCCACCCAUCUCCCAACUCCACCCGUCUCCAGACAUAGGAAGAGCCGCAGCUUAGGAAACAACGUGAUGUGUCAGUUCAGUGUGGUUGAAAGUAAGAGUGCCACAUUUCCAUCAGAGAAACAGCGCCACCUGCUGGACGACAGCGUCCUAGAGUCCCAGAGCCCUGCAAAGAACAAUACUCAGACGUCAGUGUUUACCAAUGGCAUUUCCAUAGGAAGCAGUGAAAGUUCAGAGUUUAGUGAAGAGGUGUCGUCUGUGCUUGACAGGGGUCGUAUGUAUGCCACGCUGGGUCCCAACUGGAGGGUCCCGGUACGGAACUCUCCCAGGAGUCGAAGCUGUGUGUACAGCUCCACACGCUCUGAACGCACCAGUGCCUGGAUACAGACCGGAGUGGCCAGGGGGCGGCCAUCGGGUGCAUGCAGCUGCAUUCUGGGAAGUUCAUCUGGAGCCAUUUCUAUGGAAGGGCCACUCAGAAGAAAAACCUUACUCAAAGAAGGGAAAAAGCCCACGCUCUCCUCGUGGACACGGUAUUGGGUGACACUUACAGGAUCUACACUUCUCUACUUUGGGGCCAAGUCUUUAAGAGGCAAUGAAAGAAAGAAUUACAAGUCUACACCCAGUAAGAAAGUGUCAGUAUUGGGAUGGAUGGUGGUUUUACCAGAUGACCCAGAGCAUCCAAAUAUUUUCCAGCUCAACAACCCUGAUAAAGGAAAUGUUUACAAGUUCCAGACUGGCUCCCGGUUUCAUGCAAUUUUAUGGCACAAACACUUGGACGACGCAUGUAAAAGCAACAGGCCGCCGGUGAGUGACACGGAGCAGCUGGCUCCCACUAAUCUCAUGUCUUUUGAAUAAAAAGACCAGUCAUUUUCCAGAUUAAAAAAGUGCCAAACGAAUGAGACCUCAGCGAAAACGAGCUACAAGUCUCAAGGGGGACAAGAACAUUUGCACCUUCCUCCAAAACUGAAAGGAAAACAUAGACAUUCGCCAUGGAGUCUUGGAUGUAGAAGACUGUUUGUUUUGUACCUGGCUGUAUUUAACACAUUAGUUGCUGACUAAUCUUGUGCUCACCGGGAGCCAUGGAUGGACCUUGGACUACAGGCCACCAUCCUUUUUUUGCCUAUUGGUUUUUUAACACUGAUUUUUAAACUGAUCCGCUGCUGUGUGUGCCAGACAUGACCUAUUUAUAUUAACCCAUGUUGGGUUUUAAGCUCAUGACAAAAACAAAGAAAAAAGCCCAAAUCUUCAGUGUUACCUAUUACAACUUGUCCGACAAAAAGUUAGUGAACAACAGUUUUGUAACUCCAGUGCACUCACCGCUCAUCGCUGUGGCCGCCUCAUACUUUCGUAGGAAAAAAAAAAAGGGAAAGAAAAAACACAAAAAUAGUAAAUGGACUUCCUGUACAUUGUUCGAUGUUGUCUGAUCCAAUCUGUGAGCAUGAAUUUUGG